GCCGCUCUAACACGCUAAUGGCGGCGGGGUGUUGAGGUGUACUGCGGUCUAGUCUAAUCGACAGGCUGCACAUAACUGCAGAAUGAUGCGGGUCAUUGACGAGGCGGCCGUCCUUCGCGACACCGGCUUUGGGUGCGCCGGGACUAACCGCUUCCAUAAUAAGCCAUCAGACAGCGAUGCGGACCCCUUCCGUUUGCCUCGCGAGUCCCAGGCGAGGAAGGCGGCCGGCAAGAGAGAGGCCAAGCGGGAGGGGCACGGCGGAGGCCAUUCACUCGCAGCAAAUGCCACCGGAGCGCGAGAGGAGAGAUGUGUGUCAUUCCAGACCCACCAGGUCCCUGUAAACAAGGCAUCUCUGGAGCUGUCUGCGGAAAAAAAUCGGAGGGACCAAGGUGGCUGGGGAUAUGGGGGCAGUCGGGUGGGAAGAGAUCGUGGGGGUAAGCUAGGAGGCCCCCCCCGCAGCAACGAUGGCUUUGAUCAGCGAGGCAAAAGGGAGUUUGACCGUCACAGUGGGAGUGACCGAGCGAGUGUCAGACCAGAGGAAAAGAGAGGAGGGACUGGAUCUUGGAACUGGGGUUCUGUGAAGGACCCAAUGAGGGCCCUUACAGAUGCAGCUGCUGGUGAGGAAGUGGCCCUGAAUGCUUUGGAGGAAGAGGAGAAAUGUACCAUGGAGCUUGAUGAGAUUCCAGUGGAUGAAGGUGCAGUGGAGAUUUCCUUGGAUGAGUGGAAGGUCUUGCAGGAGCAGAGCAGACCAAAGCAGGAGCUGCAGCUGCGAAAGGCAGAUACUGGCCUUCCCGUAAAGGCCAUUGUCAUCCAUAAGUCCAGACACCUUGAGGGCCUGAGCAGUGGUGUCUGUGAGGAAGAGGAUGGGGCUCCUCGCCCUCGUCGUGCUGCCAACAUCACCUCCCAGCUAGAUAUCAACUUCGUCUGCGUGGCUGUGUGUGGUCGUGCUGGUGGAUCUGUCCCUUGUCUUGAUGAAGGGCCUCCGUUACCAUCAGAUACGGUUGUGGUACCCAAUCCUGAAGACCCAGAGGACUUUCCUGCAUUGGCUUGAACCUGAACUGAUCCAUUUGUCUGGACUGUGUGUGUGUGUGGGGGGGGUUGCCUUAUGUAUUCUUCAAAUUUAAUAAAUAUGCAAUAUUUGUA